UCCCAGCACACGGACAUGCGUGCAAGACAAAGACAUCGCGACACAAGCAAGUGUAUUUGUCACGUGACUGAUUGGAGUGACACAGCGGCCUGAAUGUAACCUUUGUCAUGUCCGAUGCAGGACAAGUGGAGCACAAAAACUGCAGUCCGGUUUCUUUCUAAAUUUCAUCACAGUACAGCACCAAAAGUCAACAGUAGAAGCUACGUGUGGUUCUGGCGUUCCUGGAGGGCCAAUCACUUUAUGCCCUCUCCCUAUUUUGGUCUCACCUGACCACAUGACCUCCUCUGGAUUAUCCAAAUGGUCAUUGGGAGACUUCAGACAGUAGCCUCGCGGCCAGGUUUCCUUCGCUGUGACCCUCCUUAAGGUUGAUCCGCUUCCUCUACCUCUGUUGGGCCGCAUGUGAUGUCAACGAAGGUGAAACUGUUUUUGUUUUUUUCUUUUUAAAGGUGCAUUGUUCGGUGCGUUUGUGUGUGUGUGUAUGUGUGUGUGUUUGUGUGAGAGACAAAGAAAGAGCCAUUACUCUAUGCCUUUAGCUCUGAGGAUUACCAGUCAUCUUAUUAGCUACUGUCCAAUCCGGUCUUUGUGUGUGGAAGCGAACAGCGGGUGGCUUAUAAGCACUUUGAUUCAAAUUCAGGAUAAGGUCAUCUGUCAGGACUGUCAUUACGCAUGAUUAUAGUUGAGUGUUAAAGGCAUCCCUGUCUGAACUAAGCUUAUUGCUCGUUACAUUAAAUCUGUAUUUGGGUCAAAUAACAAUGGUGACGGUGUUAUGCUCAAUUUAUGCACAAAGUACAAACAAAAACUAUUUGGCUAGUAACAAGUAUCAAACAACAGCAUUUACUUACCGUCUUAGUCUGAAGUAACCUCAAACAGAACUUGUUGAGUGAAAUAUUUAAGGUUUUCUUUGUUUCUAAAAGGGACUAGGUUGUUCUGUUUCAAAACAUGGCUGCCUUUACUGAGCCUGGUUCUGGUUCUGGUCUCUUGCUGUUAAAAGGGAGUUGUUCCUUUCCUCUGUCACCAUAUGCUUCCUCAACAGGAGCUAAUGCAACAGUCAGUGACUGAGCUUCCUUAGAAAACUACUAACCGGUAUUAUGAACUACAUUAGUCUGCACUGUAAAAUGAUUAUAUUAGAAUAUAAAUUAUUAAAUUCAACUUUUUUUUUUUAGAGUGAUUCAUUCAGUGAAUAUCUUUUUGAGAAUACAUUUCUUUGAGUUGCCACUACAUAAAUAAAUACAUUAUUAAUUAAAUUAUGUUUUGUAUAUACAAAUACCAUGGUGUGGAAAAGUUUUAACCCAGUUCACAAUUUUCUUUUUUUUCUUUUUUUUGGCAUGUUUCUCACGUUAGCCAAUGUAAAUGUCAGUCAAAGACGACACAAAUUAACACAAAAUGCAGCGUUUAAAUGAACAUGCUUAAUAUUACUAUAAAUAAGGCUAGCAUUUAAUUCCAAAGUCAACAAAAUGAACCAACGUGUAUUUCUGCCCGGAGGCCUGUUAAUCCAGCCUUUUAGAUAGCAGCAUAACAUGGUGAGAAACGGCCAGCUGCGUCCAAAGUCUCACUGCUCUUCAUCGUUACUUACAGUUCAGGUAGAGUGCUAAGUUGCUGCUUCAUGUUUGGACGGCCAUUCUGUCUCAGUUAAAGCUGACGAGAAGAACAUUUGUCAUGACUGGUGAGAAUGACGCAGUAAAGCAUUAAUGCAUUAAAGAUACGUUUAUAACUGAAGUGAGAAUAAGUUUGGGUGUCUGAUUGUUCAGACCAGGCGCUGCUGCUUGCUGUUUGUCUGUCCGUCGGCCUGCUAUUGCUAGUGCUGCUGCUGAUUCUGACAAUGUGCUGCCUGAGGAGGAAGAAGAACAAACAGGGUCAGUAUCAGGAGCUGAUCAGCGCGGUGCCAUCGGUGCCGGCCCACUCUGCUCCGGUGAUCCCUGUGUCUCAAGGCUUUUGUGCCAGGCAUGGUGAAAUCCCUUUCUCUUUACCUCCUCGCUGUGUUCCACAAAACACCACGGUUCUGAGAGAUCAAGAGAGCCAGGAGAAAGAAAAGGAGGGAGCGUUGAAGGUGGAUGCUCAGCGAGACAUUCUGGCUCACCGUGGGUCACUGUCAGUGAGAAGCUGGUACCCAGUGGGGUCGGUGCUGACAGGUCUGUACUCUAUGACCCCUCUGAGCGAGGUGGCGGCCCCUCCUCUUGGCAUGGCCACUCGCCUCUGCCUCUCUGUAGAGUAUCGUCACAGCAGCGAGCAGCUCGUGGUCUCCUUGCUCCGCCUCAGCAACCUCCUUCCCCGUUUCCACAGCAACAUGACGCUGGUGGAACUGCGGCUUCUUCCUGACGACCGGAGGCCCCGGCAGGCUAAGGCCCGGGGGACGGGGCCCGACCCAGAGUUUAACGACUGCUUGAUUUUCCAGGUAUCAGCAGUGUGUGUGUUGCGGAGCACGCUGAGUGUGUGUGUGCUGAGUGUGGAGAAAGACGGUAAACGGCACGCCGUGGGCAGAGUGUUGUUUCCCCUGGAAGGGGAGCUCGGUCAGGCCGGCAGAGUUCUGUGGAGAGACCUUGACCCUGAGGAGGAGACGCAGUGUUCGGAGCUGGGCGAUGUGCAGAUAUCCCUUAGCUACAGUUCGUCCCUGCAGCGACUCUCGCUGGUGGUCCUAGGAGCUCGAGGCCUUCAGCUGCUCACAGACGCAGGUGUGUGUGUCCAGGUGAGCUUGCAGAUACACACUCAGAUGGUGAAGACGAAGCGUAGCUGUGUGGUGAAAGGCGAACAGGACCCCAUCUUCAACUACAGGAUGACUUUUAAACUGCGACCGCAGCACCUGGAUGAUGCCUGUUUAAGAUUUGAGCUCCAGCAUCCGAACGACAACCGCUCAGAACCUCCAGCCCUGCUGGGAGUGCUGGUGUUGGGUCCCUUCAUGUACGCCAGGGGUCUUCAGCUGCAGCACUGGAUGGACAUGAUCAACAAGGCACAAGAGCCGGUCAGAAUGUGGCACAGACUGGGCCGGGCAAUAUAAAUCCCAACAUAGCAUUCAGAGGCUAAAGGGGAGUAAAAAAAAAAAAAAAAAAACUUCAAAUAUUUGUUUAUCUUAGGCUCAAGUCCAGUCUCCAAGAGCUACUAUUAGUGAUAGUGUGCUUAAAGCAGAAGCUCCGGGGCAUAUGUCGCGAAAAGCAACAUGGUGCUUUGUAAGUGUUGUGUCAAAGCUUGAUUUGGUCGGCCACUCAGUGAGGUUUCAGAAGAAUCAUGGUAUUGGUAGUUUGACACUUGGUUCAACACGUCAAAAGGAAGUGAAUCAUUGUUCGGACUACGCAUUCUGGAGAUUUGGUGUAAAUUAAAGCUGCUCUUCACACUUUUCGCCACCAGAUGCCACUGAAGAGGUGAAAAGCUUUGAGUAAUUGAUCUUUAUUCAAAACAAUCGUCAGAAAGCAUAAUUUGUUAGCAAGCUGUUCAAAGGGUUUGCAUCUAAAUGUAUCAGGAUAGCAGUUGUCAACAACUGGGCUGAAAAAAAUGUAAGGAUUUGCCAAUUUCUUGUUGUUUUUUGUUUUUGUUUGUUUUUUUAGAUAAAUUACCAGACCCUGUAGUUUCACUGCUCUAGUUUGUCCCUCCAUUUGGCCUUCUUUCCCAACCACACCAAUAAUAUCAUCAAAAGUUGACAUUAAUUAGAGUUGGAGGUGAAAAGAAAGACCUUAAUUGAUUGUCUGGAGGCCUUUGUAUUUACACUUCUUGCGUUUAUGCAUUUAAUUUCCGUUUGGAAAUAAAGUAUUUUUUAAAUGUGA